AUGGAGCGAUUUUGGGAACAGUGUAUUUUCAAAUAUUUGCGAGCAGAACCAGAAGACCAUUUCUUUUUGCUGACAGAGCCUCCCUUGAAUACCCCUGAGAAUCGAGAGUAUACAGCGGAGAUUAUGUUUGAAUCUUUCAAUGUUCCAGGCCUCUAUAUUGCUGUUCAAGCGGUUCUUGCGUUAGCUGCGAGUUGGUCCUCGCGUCCAGGGAAUGAACGUCCACUAACUGGAUUGGUUGUUGACUCUGGAGACGGCGUAACACAUUGUAUACCAGUUGCGGAGGGAUACGUCAUAGGAUCAUGUAUCAAGCAUAUUCCCAUUGCUGGUAGGGACAUCACUUAUUUCAUCCAACAGAUCUUGAGGGAUAGAGAGCCUACAAUCCCGUCGGAUCAGUCCUAUGAGGUGGCAAAGGCGAUCAAGGAGAGGUACUGCUAUGUUUGUCCGGAUAUUCUCAAAGAAUUUAUAAAAUACGAUACCGAUGGUUCAAAGUGGUUGAAGACCUAUCACGGUAUCAAUAAUAUCACCAAGAAGGAAUUCGUCGUCGAUGUAGGAUACGAGCGCUUCCUUGGUCCCUGA